CAACUUGAUAAUGUGAGCACACACACACACGAAGAUUUCAUGCUAUAAAAUUUUCUUUUUUAAUGACGAAAAACCCAGUAAACUCCCUUUCGUUAGACUCUUACUCCCUCUCCACAUUUAUCUAUAUACAUCAAUAUUUAUCCAAUAUUGUUUGACUACACAUAUAUUUUGCGGCUGGAAUGACAUUUGUGACUUAGACAGAGACAACACAUCCGAUGUCCUCUUAACACAAUUGGAUUUUCGGUACCCGCCGUUUUUCCCGAAUCGAAAUUCCCGAAUGAACUUUUUCCCGAAUGUCGUUUUAUCCGAAAAUCCGAAAACCCGAAACCUUUUUUCCCGAACGACUUUUUCCCGACGGUUAUUGUUCCCGAAAUAAAAAUUUUUAAAAAUUUAAAAAUGUUGUUAUAACUGUGAGCUGUAAUGACUAGGUAUGUAUUUUCUAUACAUUAUAACUAAAAUACAGCUGUUGCUAUACAUUCUAAUCUUUUCUAAUCUUUUCUAAUCUUUUUUUUCUCCGUGCGAUAAACGGGCACAUGUAGAAUCGCAUGUUUGCCAUUAUUGCACUUUACCGUCGCUGAUUUAUAUUUUACACCGAUAUUAUUAUUAUUAUUAUCGUUUGUAGAUUAGUAGAACUAUUCAAUCUAUGGUAUACAAGUAAAACGUAAUCGUUGUAAUCGUAAAGCCGCGUUAUUCGAGUGCUAUCGACCGUCGUUAUACUUUCCAGUGCAUUUUAUUGUAAAUAAUAUAAGAUUAUAUACUUUUAUUUUAAUAUAAUAUUUAAUUUUCAUUUUAAUUUUAUUUUAAUCUAUCACCAUGGCUGAAAUUAAAAUUUUGGGUGAAACAAAAUUAAUUUGUGGAGGUUUUAUUUAUGUGCGUUCUAAAUUACCAGUCAACGGUAAAACAUACUGGGAAUGUCAAAAGUUACGUAAAAAAGAGUGCAAAGCAAGAGUUAUUACUGCGUUCAAUAUUUUUGAAAAUAAAAAUUAUUUUGUACGAGAAUCAACGUUGGACGAUCACGACCAUGUUCCCAACCAAGAAGAGUGUGAAGCAGAGAUCAUCAAAUAUUCUUUGAAGCGGAAAGCUGAGGACCAACCACAACUACCACCUGCUCAAAUAUUACGUACAGAGAUGGCUGGCUUAUCUGACGGGGUUCUCAGUCAACUACCUAACCGUGAUAAUUUAAAAAAAUCAAUGCGUAAAGUCCGGAGGAAAAAUUUGCCGCCCAAUCCAAAAACACUUAAUGACUUUGGUACACUUCCCGAUCGGUAUCAAAAGACGCUUACGGGUGAACAUUUUUUAAUUUACGAUUCACUUGAUGAUGAUUCCGUCAAUGAAGGUAGAGUCGUUGUGUUCUCGACUCGGAGAAAUUUAGAAUUAUUGGCCCGGAGUGAUUGCUGGUUUUUAGACGGGACUUUUAAGGUGUGUCCCACUAUUUUCACACAAGUUUUCACGAUUCUGGGAACAUGCAAACAACACGAUGCUCAUGACACAGUUGCUAUUCCAUUUGUAUAUGCACUGUUGUCGUCAAAAGAAACGGUUCAGUAUGCCACUGUGCUAAGAGCAGUACAAUCUUCAUUUAACGAACACAGGAUUGUUUGUGAACCGGCUAAGAUCAUGACUGACUUUGAAAAAUCUAUAAUCAACGCUUGUAAAAAAGUUUAUCCAAAUUGUCCUCUCAGUUGUUGCUUUUUUCAUUUCGGUCAAUCAAUGUAUCGACAAAUUCAAUCUGUUGGUCUUCAAGCCACAUACAAUGACCCUGAUGAUCGUUCAUUAAAAAUGUACAGUCAUAUGAUGCUAGCGUUGGCAUUCGUACCUUUGGCUGAAGUACCUCGCAUUUUCUCGCUUUUGAAAAAUGACGCGCCUGAAGAUUUAUUACCAAUUUUGGAAUAUUUUGAAAAAAAUUAUGUUGUAGGAGUAAUAGCUAGAGGGCGAAGACGAGGAAUUCUUCCACGUUAUCCGCCAGAAAUUUGGAAUCAGCACCAAGCCGCUCUAACUGGUUCACACAAAACCAACAAUGUAAGUGAGGGGUGGCACAAUCGCUUCCAGCUUGUUAUUGGAAAACAUCAUCCAGAUCUUUACUCCGCUCUCGGUGAGAUCCAAAAAGAACAAGCUGAUGCUGAGAUAAUGAUCGCGGAGCUGAGUUUAGGACGAAAAGUUAGAGCACUACCAAAAAGAAAAUGGCGGGAUUUUCAAAAGCGAAUAAUGUCCAUUACUGCUGAAUUUAAUACAUACCAGCCGUUACAAUUUCUGAGGGCAAUCGCACAUAAUAUUGUUUUGUAAUUUUGUUUUUAACGAUAACAGCAUUUAUUAUGUUAUUAUACUUUUUAGU